AUGACGGGCAUUGAAGCAUCUUCGAGAUUGGUUGUCCAACCCGUAUGUGGUAUUUGUCAUAAUUCUCAGCCAAGGUCUGACCAUGAACUAACUGCAAGAAAAUACUUCUGCUCAAGUUGUACAAGUUUUCGUCUUUUAAAACUGAGGCUCAAAAUGCUGUUGGUAUUUCAAAAUGGCGAGGUAUCUGGGAAAAUGGUGAAUUCAAUAUUGAAUGAGUGCCUUGAUGAAAGAGCAUACUCUUAUCUCCAAAGAUACAUUGCAUCAAAUGACUUGGAUCAAAAGAAACUGGUACCACAGGCGGAGUCUGUUGCUAGAUUGGCAAGUGUAAUUCUCAAGGUGGAAAAUUCUCAACGUGAACUUCUUAUUAAGCAACUUGGGAGAAAGCUUUCAACGUUAAAUGAUACUUGUGGAAAUAUACAAGGCAAGCUAACAGAGAUUCAAAAUAGCAUUGUUCGACGAAAGCGCAUAGUAAAAAGAGAACAGCAAUUGCUCAAGGCAAGAAAACAAAGCAUUCAAGAUGGAAUAAAUGGCUCUUUGAUUGAUUCCAGGAAUGGACAUUUACCCAAGCAGGAAAUGUUGAUAGAAACAGUUAGAUUGAAACUGGUCUACUCUAUGUUUGAUGUAUGGAGCGUUAGAAUGUUACACGAUGAUAUCGGGUCGUCUGUUGCAAUUUUAGGGGUACCCAUCGUUCGAACAAGCGAAAUUUUGAAUUAUUCGACGAGGAUUGUCAAUUGUACUUUAAUCAACUUACAGAGAUUCAUAAUGUGGAUAUUAGAGUACAUGACUAUUAGCAUUCCAUAUAAUGUAUCUAUGUCAGAGGGUAUGCCAGUCAUUUUCGAUUUGACUGUUCAUAAGGACUUUGCUGUUUACCUAAGUAAGACCAAUAAACAAGUGGCCCCUUUAAGAUCAAUUAUCGAAGUCGGGCCGCAUCAGCUAAGGCAUUUUUGUGAAGCUAUGGCUAGACAAAUCAUUAUUCUUACGAGAAUAAUGCUAACAGUAAGUCCAGAGAGCCUGUCUGCAUUUAGUUCUCUUUCGGACAUAUUAAAAACAGAUCAGAUUGUGGCCACAAUCGUCAAGAAAAUCAUGAGUUUGGUUAUGAUACGGAAGCAGGCAUCAGAGAAGUUACAUAAAGAAAAGCAAAAUGGCGAAGAAGGGCAUAAGAAAUCAUUUUUCUUUUGGAAAUCGCCAAAGAAAAUUUACGGGAAAGAGGUUAAGCAGAGCUCUAAAUCCAAUGUACUCCCCGCCAAGAGCACAAAUGAAUACAGCAUAAAAGAAUACGCAGAAAUCCUAAAUGGGGAACAACUGGAUUUUAGUGACAUUGCAUCCUUAAUACCAGGCACAUCAUGGGAAGCUGAAAGCUCAAGUAAUACUCGUACUAAUGAGAAGGUGUUUGACGGGUCAAUUCCAAGUGAGGAGGCUCUUGAAGAUCCAUCUCUAUUUGCAAGUGAGCUAUAUGCAUAUUUACAUUGUCAAAUUCGUAAAAUCGCCGAUGCCAGAAGUGCUAGUAGUAAAUCAUUGAGUAUCAUGAAUUCGUCAACGACUUCAUCCGCAUUUCAGCAAAUUAAUCUUUCUCUCAAUUCAAACAGUCUGAAACAAUCGCCAGUAUUGAGGAGUCGAAACAGUUUAGCAAGCAUUAACACUACUCACCAUCUUAAAGGAAAGCAAAGCAGUUUAGACAAGUGGGAAGUUGUUGGGAAAGCAUUAUAA